AUGGCGCAAACGAGAAUUGACGAGCCCAUCGUCUCAGUUUCCUCAUCACUCUCCUCCGCUCAGUCCAUCCAUCCAAACACCAUGAGAGCAUCGCCAUUGCACUCGUCAUUCUGCUGCUACUCUUCAUCUUCAUCUUCUUCAUCGUAUCCCAAUUCUCAAUUGUCAACGAAGCCAGCCAUUAAACCUCAGAGCAGCAGCCUCCUCCAGGAGCACCCGCUCUACUCCCCUGCCCACUCCAACAUCUCCCUUCAGUUCAAGGAGAAGAUCCUCUGCCUCGAAAUCAUGGGGGUCGACUCCGGCCGCGCCCUCUCCCUCAACCCCUCCCUCCACUCCGUCUCUCUCCACUCCAUACACUCCGUCGUCUCCUUCCUCCAGUCCAAGGGCAUCCACCAGAAGGACCUCGCCCGCAUCUUCGGCAUGUGCCCCCGCAUCCUCACCUCCGACAUCCGCUCCGACCUCGCCCCUGUCUUCGCCUUCCUCUCCCAGGACCUCAAGGUCCCCGAGCAUGGCUUCCGGAGGGCCGUCAACAAGUGUCCCCGCCUGCUCGUAUCCAGCGUCCCCGACCAGCUCAAGCCCGCCCUCUUCUACCUCCAGAGACUUGGGUUCAAGGACUUGCAGGCCUUGGCCUACCAGGACCCUGUCUUGCUGGUGUCCAGCGUGGAGAACACCUUGAUCCCGAAGCUCAAGUACUUGGAGAGCAUCGGGUUCUUGAGGGACGAGACAGUGGAUAUGGUCCUGAGGUGCCCUGCGCUGUUCACGUUCAGCAUCGAGAACAACUUCAAGCCCAAGCUUGAGUUCUUCCGUGAGGAGAUGCAGAGGACGCUGGAGGAGCUGAAGGAUUUCCCUCAGUACUUUGCAUUCAGCCUGGAGAAGCGGAUAAAGCCGAGGCACGAGGAGGCCAUGCGGAGCAGGGCAAGGCUGCCUCUGCCGGUGAUGCUCAAGAGCACCAAUGAAGAGUUUCAUGAGCUCAUCAAACAAGGGACGUCCUCGACAUAAUAUUAUGAUGAGAUGAUCCAGAGGGAAGUGCCCAUUAUUCUUUCACAUUCAAUUCUCUUGUGUAGAUUUGAUAUGAUUCCAAUUAAUGUACAUCAUUCCCCGUUCAUUCA